GGUCAACUCAUUUUGAAACUUAAUAAUGUCCACUCAAAUGACGCCCUGGGUCAACUCAAAUUGCGCGUGCGCCCAAAAAUAAAGGCAGACUGGAUCAUCCAUUUCAUUCCAUUGAUUCGCUUUUAUGGAUAGCGCCAAGCUCAGCAUCAGCCUGAUCUUCUUCGCCUGGGUCCAUCUCGAUAAUAAAUUCUCCUGCGCAACGGCCGGAGGGUAUGGGAAACACAGUAUCGGUAUUGAUGCCCUUGCCCCACCAGUCGAUGUGCUCGGCUUUGACGUCUUCCCCCUCUUCGCUGGCACCGUUGAUAUUGCCCUUCUUCGUAUCCUCCUCUCCACUGGCGUCUUUAUGGGGAUAUUGCGUUGUCGAUCAGGCGUUCUUUCGGAAGUCGGCCAGCUCUCCACUCGAAGGCUCGCAUCAAUAACGCUCUGGAUCCCGUCCAUUGCUGCCCAAUCUAAUGAGAACACUACACGGAUAUGCUCAAGGCAUCGGGCUUCAAGUUGUUGUAUGAUUGCGCUGCUCAAUGGCGUACGAUCAUUGCAACCGAAUAUUAUUUAUUGGAUCCCUUUUCAAAGGGCUGUUUCAACCGCAGAUAGUGCAACACUUCGCAUGGCUGCGUGAGGUGAGAGGUUCAGAAACCGAGUAGGGGGAAAGAGUGGACCUUUUAUUUUAUUUUUUUAUGCCUUGUGUAGUUGCUCCCGUCAUUUGAGUGGACAUUCCGGGCAACUCAAAUGUAUACACCUAUAUAAUAACCAAACAUAUUUUUUCAUUAGAACAUCGUUCAUUGCUUAAAAAGAACUCUCAAGGACAUGGGAUUUGUUAACUGUGGUCUGAAGGGAAGCUGCAAGUGGGGAAGAAAGCAAACAGCAAGCUGCCCGCUCCGACUAUACCGCAACAGAUCCGCAUUUUGUGCGCGAAAGUCGUCCUUUAGCCACGGUCGUUUGACAUUUUAAGAAAUUGACAUCCUCCCAGCCGCUCCAUCACAUCGAACCUCAGCUGUCCUAG